AUGGAUCCGAUUAAGUAUGUUUUCGAGAAACCUGCAGUAACAGGACGGAUGGCUCGUUGGCAAAUGCUGUUGAUUGAAUAUGAUAUUACAUAUGUGACGAGAAAAGCCAUCAAAGGGAGCAUUAUAGCAGAAUAUUUGGCUGAUAGGGCCGUUAAUGAUUACCAAUCCAUGGAGUUUGACUUCCCGGAUCAAGAUAUUGAUUCAAUUGAUCAAGAAAAGGAAGGUAAUGUUGGGUGGAUGAUGCUAUUUGAUGGGGCGACCAACGUAUGGGGGCAUGGAAUAGGGGCUGUACUCAUAUCACCAGAGGGUAAAUAUUACCCAGUCACAGCCAAACUCACCUUUCCGUGUACCAAUAAUAUAGCAGAGUAUGAAGCGUGCGUAUUGGGCUUACAGGCGGCUAUUGACCGAGGCAUUAAAAAAUUGAUUGUAAAAGGAGAUUCCGCUUUGGUAAUUUAUCAGUUGACUGGAAAGUGGGAAACCCGGGAUUCCAAAUUAAUACCAUACCAGGAGUUCAUUCAGGAAAUGAUGCAGGAAUUCGAUGCCAUCAGUUUUUCGCAUUUACCGAGAGAGAGCAACUUAAUCCCUGAUGCGCUAGCAACAUUGGCGGCUUUAUUUAAGGUUGAGUCCGGAAUAGAGAUUGAACCCAUUCGAAUAAGGAUGCAUAGGGAGCCAGCAUACUGUAUAAUGACAGAAGAAGCUGAUGGAAAGCCAUGGUUUCAUGAUAUCAAAACAUACAUUCAAUGGAAGGAGUAUCCCAUAGGAGCCUCUAAUGACCGAAAGACAAUUCGGAGGCUAGCUAUGGGAUUCUUCUUAGAUGGGGAGAUAUUGUAUAAAAGGAAUCAUGAUAUGACCCUCCUACGGUAUGGGAUCCCAGAAAGUAUAAUAUCAGACAAUGCUAAAAACUUGAACAACGAGGUCAUGACAAAAUUAUGCAGUCAGUUCAAGGUCAAGCAUCAUAAUUCAGCCCCCUAUCGACCCCAAAUGAAUGGAGCAGUGGAAGCAGCCAAUAAGAACAUCAAGAGCAUCUUGGAAAAAAUGACAGGGACCUAUAGAGAUUGGCAUGAGAAGUUACCUUUCGCUUUAUGGGCCUAUCGGACCACUGUUCGAACAUCUACAAGGGCUACCCCUUUCUCUUUGGUAUAUGGAAUGGAGGCUGUAAUUCCGAUAGAAGUUGAGAUUCCAUCGUUACGAGUCUUAAAAGAAGCAGAGUUAACCGAAGCAGAAUGGCCCAACCUGCCCUCUCUCUUGUUCACCAACUUCCCUGCCGGAGCACUAGCAGCUGGCAACCACAGCUCUCGACCUCCUCCACACCAGCAGGCCACGCAGCCGAACUCCGGCCCUCCAUCAUCACAGCCGCUGCCAUUGCAGACUCUGCCCCCGAAUAUCUACUUUGCCGUUGUUCCCACGCCACUCACUACCGUUGUCAUCACAGCCUCCGCCCCUGGCCGUCUGCUUCAAGCCCAGCGCCUCCAGCAACCUGGCUCCCUGCCAGCCCCCAGCAGUAGCUAUCCGGGGCCAGCACAACUCCGGCAACUCACCAUCUCAACCCCGGUCACUUUGGGUUCCUGCAACUGCAGACCCUCUCUCCCAUUGCUCACGGCAACCUCACACCUCUCGCCGGCUGCUCCUCUUAAUCUCGCCAACAACCCAAACAGCAGCGGGAGUCAGCCACGGCCAUCAUCAUCGUGCCGGACGAACCCAAUCGCCGUCAGCAUCUCCCACCGUACCCCCCUCUGGUGA